AUGGUAUAUUUGGGAAGUAAUAUAUUUAGAGGUAAAAAAGCUCAAGAAGCUUAUAAUAAAACCAUCUCAGGAAGGAUUCAACUUCUCAUUAAGAAGAAUCAUUUCUUAUAUUUUGGUUUACCGUUCAUGUUAUCAAUAGUUGUGGGAUCAGUUUAUUUGUCUAACUUUACUGCUAUCAAAUGGGAGAAAUAUGAUUUGAAACAUUAUCAAAUGAAUGAAUCUGAAAUGUUGAAUAUGAUUGAAAACAAAAGAUCUGUUGAUAAGAAGAAAGAUUGGUAUAAAUUACAAGGUUUCACCAUGGAUGAUUUGAAACAAAGAGAAGAUAAGAAGAAAUUGAAAGAAGGUAAUGAUGACUUUGAUUAUGAAAUGAUCAGAGUGAAGAGAAAGAAGGAAGAUGAACCUGUUUGGUAG